AUGGUUCUUUUCGGCUCGCUUCCAGGAGGGACCGGCGGUCUCCUUCAGAAGCUGCGAGACAUUCCCUCUGGCGAUGGCGAGCGUCUCGCAUACCCAGUCCUAAUGGGCGCCCUCAUCGCCACGAUCCUCCUCCUCCUAGCUGCCAAACGCAUCCUCUUCCCGACCUUGGACCCGCGAGAGCCACCAAAGGUCCAGCCGACCAUCCCCAUGGUCGGCCACAUCAUAUCGAUGCUCACGCAGGCCAACGACUUCUACAUCAACAUUGCCAAGCGGACCCGCGGCGCCCCGAUCUGCACGCUGCCGAUGCUGGCUGGCAAAAUGUACGUCAUCUACUCGCCGGCCAUGAUCCAGGCCGCCAUGCGCAGCAGGGACCUCUCGUUCCUGCCAUUUGCCGAGCACUGGUCCGAGGACGUCGUGGGAAUCCAAAAGGACCACCUGGCGCUUGUGAUGCCGCACAUGGAGAGGCUGAGCCACAGCUUUUGGACCGGCACGAGCGGGAAAAACCUCGCUCGUCUGAAUGUUGCUGCGCUCGGGGAGCUCGCCGGCGAGCUGAAUGCGGUGCCCGCGUCGAGUGGUAUCGAGGGGGCUUUGAGGAUUGCGAACUUGUCGGUGUGGAUCAGGAGAGUCAUUAGCUUGUCGACUUUCCGUGCCAUCUUUGGCGAGAGGAACCCGCUGGGGGAGGAGGAUGCCGAGGACUACACGACUUUCGAAAACAACUUUGCCGGCCUGGCCAUCGGCGGGCCCCUGAAGCGCAUCAUCGGGCGCAAGGCGUACAACGCACGUGAGCGCAUCCAGAACAAGCUACUCCCUUACAUGCUCGCAGGCGGCGACUUUGACAAGUCGACCUCGGACCUCAUCCGCAUCCGAUCCAGAGACCACGAAGCAUUGGGGAUACCCGCCUCGGGCCGGGCCAAGACCGAGUUCCUGACGCCGUGGGUGGCCACGCUGAACACAAUCCCGACGCUGUUUUGGUUCUUCACCGAAGUAUUCUCACAGCCGCAGAUCGUCGAGCGGUUGCAAGAAGAGAUCCUGGGCUCGGGCGUCGUGACACUCGACAGCGGCGAGAACGGACAGCCGAGGGUGGCGUCGCUCGACAUCGCCGACCUGGAGAACCGGUGCCCCUACCUGAUGGCGUGCUACCGCGAGACGCUGCGCGUGUACAACGAGAACGUCGGCAACCGCAUGGUGCUGCGGGACACGGUGAUCCAGGACCCGGACCAGGGCGGGCGCGAGUACCUGCUCAAGGCCGGGACCAACGUGCAGUGGUCGGCGGCCACGACACACAAGGACCCGCGGGCCUGGGGCGCGCGGCCGCACGACUACAACCCGGACAACUUUGUCGACGGCGGCGAGCAGGCCAAGGGAGGCAGGUUGACGCCCGAGGAGCGGGCUGCUCGCCGACUGGGUAUGAUUCCCUUUGGAGGCGGCAAACACCUCUGCCCUGGCCGCUUCUUUGCGCAGGCUGAGAACUUGGGGUUCGUGGCGGCAUUGGCGGUCGGCUUUGAGCUGCACGGCGUCAGGGUGCCGGCGAGUGUAGGAGCUCCGCUUGGAGCGGCGGCGAGGCAGCCCGCUUGGGGUGCCAUGGAUCCUAGCAUAUCCAUCUCUCGACGGAAGGGAUGGGAGGAUGUCGAAUGGAGGUUCACCUGCGCAGAGCACGAAACAUAG